AUGACCACCGCACCACCCAUCGCCGACUGGCGCACUCUCGCCGCCUCGAAACGUGCCUCAGUCUUCACCAAAAUCCCCAAAGACUGGCUCCUCCCUCCAUCCCAAACAUCUCAAUACACAGAGACCGCGCCCAUCUCCGUGCUAGACGUACCACGAACAUGCGGCAUCCUAACGGAAAAAGAGUUGGACAUUACUGAGAAUUACGAUGCUACAGAUCUGGUGAAGAUGAUGGCAGAGUGUCAGUUGACGAGUACGGAGGUGGUGACGGCGUUUUGUAAGAGGGCGGCUGUAGCGCAGCAGUGUGACUCCUUCAAUGUCCGCGGUGUCCAAGCAACCCUGGGCUACGUCUCAUUCAUCCCGCGCCCCCCAUCUGCCACAAACUCCGCCUUGGUUGAUGUCCUCCACUCUCUAGGCGCAGUCUUCUAUGUGAAAACCAACCUCCCCCAAACAAUGAUGACGGCAGACUCCCACAACAACAUCUUCGGCCGCACAUUAAACCCGCUCCGUCUCUCCCACACAGCUGGCGGCUCCACGGGCGGCGAGGGCGCCCUGCUCGCCAUGAAAGGAAGCGUGUUGGGCGUUGCAACGGAUAUCGCGGGGUCGAACCGCAUCCCCGCUAUAUGCUGCGGAGGGUCUUCUUUGAAACCAACUGCUGGUCGCGUUCCCUUUGCCGGUGGCGUGGCGGUCGGAAGGCUAGGUAGCCCCGGCUCUAUUCCUGUGGUUAUUGGUCCUUGUGGCCGUUCAACGCGUGAUUACGAAUUGUUCAUGAAGAGCGUGGUAAGCGCACAACCUUAUCGCUUCGACGAAAACUGCCUCAACGUCCCCUGGCGUACUGUCCAACCUUCCAUUCCCACCACCCCGCUGCGUUUCGGUCUUAUACGCGGUUGUAAAGAACGACCGCUUCACCCCCCUAUUGCCCGCGCUCUUCAUAACACCGCUACGAAACUAAAAGCUCAAGGCCAUGAGAUCGUCCUGCUAGAUGACAAGAUACCAGAUCUCUAUCAAACCGCCAUGUUAGCGUGGAAAUUUUUCAUGUUGGAUCCGAAGAAGACGCCAUUUCAGUUUAUCAAGGAUAGUGGGGAGCCGCCUGUUCCAAGUCUGUCUACGUGUUCGUUUCCGGAGUUGAAGGACUGGACGCCGAGCUUGGAUGAGCUGUGGGAUAUGAAUGUGGCGAAGGCGGGGGUUGUGAAGAAGUUUCAUACGUUGAUGGUUGGUGAUGUUAGGGAAGGUGUGAAGGAGGCAGAGAAGGGGUUGGAUGCCAUCCUGAUGUGUGGAUAUCAAGGUGUAGCGCCGAGGCAUGACGAGUACGGUCUACCGAUCUAUACGGUGUUGAUUAAUUUGCUGAAUUGGCCGAGUGGAAUACUGCCGGUUGACAAGGCGGAGAAGGAACGGGAUGGGGAAUUUGCGAAGGAGGGAGUGCAGUAUGAACCGGCUUAUGAUGCGGGUGAGUGUGAAGGUCUGCCGACGCAUGUGCAGGUUGUGGGGAAGAGCAUGAUGGAUGAGGAGUUGAUGGAGAUUAUGAAGGUUGUUGAGGGUGUGCUGAAGGACUAG